CAGUUCCGUGCUCGUUGCAGCCGAUUGUGCUGCCGUUUGGGGUUUUUCCGCCCGAUCGGGACGCGUUAGGUUGACUCCCACGCGUCACAAUGCAGCGGACACAAUUGAGGUCGGCGACGCAGACUCGUCGGGGCGCCCGCGCUGGCUUUCCAGAACCCGAUGAUUUCGAAGGGCUUCCCGUAAGACAAUGGCGCCAGGAAUGGGUCAAUGUCGCGCCGACACUGCAGCAGGAGAUGGCCCAACAGGGCGACCGCUGGGCGGUUGAGCUCCCCUUCGGCAUGCCGAGGGAAGCCCAUCUUCUGCCACCACACACCCAAGAGCUCCUCCGCGCCGCCCGAUCAGGUCGGUUGUAUAAGCGAGCAUCCCCAGCAGAGGAGGAGGAUGCCGAGAUGGAAGUCGACCCCGUCAAGGGCGAGAAGAAGGACUGGGAACCGCCGAACGAGGGGUACAUGGUCAAGGCGUGGAAGCAGGUGCCGCGCAAUGAAGAGAGUCCGACGACAUCCUACCUAGCGAAGCGGCACAAGAACACCGUCACGCUAUCUUCCAAGGCAGAGCCUGCACCGGUGGCAGGACCCACGGUCAUCCGGGCUACCGUUCGUCGGAUCGACGCAGCUGGGAACCCCUACGAGCAAACGGUUACGCUCAGCGAAGGGCAGCGCGUUGACGGCGAAAUCAUCUCUACAACGGUGGUACCUGCGCCGCAAGCUGCGCCAGAGCUGCCUGUGCAACAGCCAACGCCUACCAAGAGAAGGCCUCCACCGCCCAAGCGCAAGCCAAAGGGAUUCGGGCGAGGACGGAAGAAGGGUAUGGGGAGACUGCCCUUGCCACUGCCCGCGACGAGGUCGCACGAUUCUACGACGGACGGGACGACCGCUGUCAAAUCCGAAGGGGCUGGCUCUGAUGUGGGUUUCCAUGCCUCAAUCGCCGCUGGUUCACCAGGCAGGACGCUAACCGCUGACGAUGAGCAGGGUAUCAAGAUUGAGGACAAUGAAGACAGCAGGGUGCAAGACAGCGAGAUGGUCGAUAUGUCAGGGGUGCCGUCCGAAGACGAAGGAGAGGGUGGCGGCGGCGAGGAGGGCGAGGAGGGCGAUGAGGAAGGCGGUGUCGACCAGGCAGAGCAAACCACAAACAUCGGAAGCGCCGAUGGCGACGGCCAGAGUGAGAAGACGGAGGGAUCGGAGAUGAUGGAGAUUGUCCCACCAACUUCGGUUGGGGAACCCGAUGACGCCCGUCCGGCUCCGUCGGAGGAGGAUGCCACCGUAACCAAAGCGCGCGUCCAGCCGCCGAGUCUCACCCAUCUUGGACCACCACACCAUGCUUCUUCGCGAAUUGAAGGGAGCCCCUUGAAGAACGUCAUGCUCCAGUCGCCGACCGAAGCGAACUCAACGAGCGGAUCCUUCUCCUCGUCCAGCUACCUGGACGUGCACUCUCGUACCACGUCUAUUUCGGGAGUGCUACCUUCGCUAAGGGGUAAUCCGCCGCCCGAGCGAGUUGUGGUCCAGUACGUGGCAGCUACGGUUCAGCAAUUCGAAGCACCACCGCCAGCAUCCUCCGAGGUAAAAAAGGAGCCUACAGCGGAGGCACCCGACCAGGCACAAGCGGCUCCAAAAGCCACGGUUCUACAGACGACCGAGACCUCCACAACACCCGCCCCAGCAGCUGCACAGUCCGGACCACAACCAGCCCCCGACGACUCUCUCCAACCCCCAGCCUCCCCACCCCUCAACCCAACGGUAACCGAGGAUGAAGACGAGGGGCUCAACCUGCUAGGCAGCCUGGAACGAGAACUGGACCGCCAAGAGCGCAUUAGCAACGCCAGCAACGGCUCGGGAGAAAAGAGGACACCUGACGGUGCAGCCACAACCGCGACAGCAACAGCAACAACGGCGGCUAUGGAAGUAGACAACGCAGAGGCAGCCUCUUCUUCCACUGCUGCUGCGGAUGCUGAUGCACAGGCACGGGUGAAGGAAGAAGAAGGUACUGAAGCAGCCGCUCCGCCGACACAGCCGUUUUAGAAAGACGGACCCCAAGCCUGGAAUCGGCGGCGGUAACAUGAAUUGUGCUCGGAGUUUUCUCGUACGCGGCCUGGCUCUAGAUGCCGGAGUCACUCCUAGAGCGAUAUGGUGAAGAUGGUUCCCAAGCGGUGCUCGUUU